GGCUGGGCAAAGUUGGUCGACGAUUUUUCACUUCACUUUAUGGCGGCUAUUGACAAAGUUCGCGUGCUGGUAGUUGGCGACUCAGGAGUCGGGAAAACGUCCCUCACGCACCUGAUUGCCAACAAUGAACCGCUCACGUCGCCCGGCUGGACCGUGGGUUGUUCGGUGGAAGUGAAGCUGCACGAGUACAAGGAAGGGACAUCGUCACAAAACACGUUCUUCGUCGAACUGUGGGAUGUAGGAGGAUCCAUCAGCCACACCAACGCUCGAGGCGUGUUCUACCAUCCAACGCACGGCAUGGUUCUCGUGCACGACCUAACUAACCGGAAAAGCCACGAAAACCUUCAACGAUGGCUAGUGGAAAUCCUCAACAAAGACGGAAAGGACGUGCUGAAAGGCAACGAUAUGCUCGACAUAGAUCCGGAGCAAUUUCUGGGCUCCACGCAGAUUCCCAUACUGGUCAUCGGCACCAAGCUGGACAUGCUGGACGAGGGCCACAAACAGAAAAUUAUGAACCGAACGUCGGUCGGCAGCAUAGCGGAACAGUGCGGUGCACAGGAAAUUUGCCUCAACUGCCACGAGGCCCGCUCGUUGGCGGCAGGAACUACGGAUUCUGUAAAGUUGGCGCGUUUCUUCGACAAGGUGAUUGAGCGCAAGUACUACAAUCGAGAAACAGGAAGGAAAUACGCCACAAGUUACACCAGCUCUGCGAUAAGUGGACCAUUCCCGACGCUUUCGGCGCCAACAGUAAGUGCGUACAGCUAUCUCAGUACUAACUCGGUUUCGGAAAGUGCAUCUUAA